AUGCUCCUCUCCCAUCCAAUUCGCCUUUGGACAUCUUUGCGAUCGCUAAGGCCCCUCCCUCGUCCAAGAUACUUCUCCGUUUUCGGUCCACGCUACACAGUCGAUAUGGGGGCCGUGGAUACCUCUGACCGCCUGUCAAAGCUGAGGCAGUUGAUGCAGCAGCACAAGGUGGAUGUCUACAUUGUGCCCUCAGAAGAUAGCCACCAGUCCGAGUACAUUGCGCCAUGUGAUGCCCGCCGAGAAUUCAUUUCGGGAUUCUCUGGCUCCGCCGGUACCGCAAUUAUCUCCCUGAGCAAAGCUGCACUGUCCACCGAUGGACGGUACUUCAACCAAGCCGCGAAACAAUUGGAUAACAACUGGCAGCUCUUGAAGGGUGGAGUUGAGGGUGUGCCAACAUGGCAGGAAUGGACCACGGAAGAGGCCCAGGGAGGCAAGGCUGUGGGCGUUGACCCUUCUCUGAUCACAGCCUCUGGUGCACGGAAGUUGGCAGAGACCCUCAAAAAGAAUGGUUCAUCUCUCGUAGGGGUCCGGGAGAACUUGGUCGACUUGGUUUGGGGCAAGGAACGCCCGGCGCGUCCCAGCGAGAAGGUGCGCGUUCACCCCGAGAAGUAUGCCGGCAAGGCGUUCCAAGAAAAGGUGGCCGAGCUGCGGAAGGAACUUGAGUCAAAGAAGAAAGCCGGAUUCGUCAUCUCUAUGCUCGAUGAGAUUGCUUGGCUGUUCAACCUGAGAGGAACCGAUAUUCCCUACAACCCCGUGUUUUUCUCUUACGCGAUUAUUACGCCCACCACCGCUGAGAUCUACGUCGAGGAUGACAAGUUGACGCCAGAGGUCAAAGCUCACUUGGGAGAAGACGUUGUCGUUAAACCAUACGAAUCCAUCUUUGCUGACGCCCAAGCCCUCAGUACCAAAAGCCAGUCUGCGGGUGAGAGCGCCGCGAAAUUCUUGUUGUCGAACAAGGCUUCUUGGGCUCUCAGUCUUAGCCUUGGUGGCGAGGGACAGGUGGAAGAGGCCCGUAGCCCAGUCGCGGAUGCAAAGGCUGUUAAGAAUGAAACCGAACUCGAAGGAAUGCGGGCAUGCCAUAUCCGCGAUGGUGCUGCCCUGACCGAGUACUUUGCUUGGCUUGAAAACGAGCUUGUCAACAAGAAGACUGUCUUGGACGAAGUCGACGGAGCUGACAAGUUGGAACAGAUUCGCUCUAAGCAUGAUCUGUUCGCUGGUCUCUCCUUCGAUACCAUCUCGUCAACUGGGCCCAAUGGUGCAGUCAUCCACUAUAAACCCGAGAAGGGAAGCUGUGCUACCAUCGAUCCCAAUGCCAUCUAUCUCUGCGACUCUGGUUGUCAAUACUUCGAUGGAACGACCGACACAACGAGAACGUUCCACUUCGGCGUUCCCACAGAGUUCGAGAAGCGUGCUUUCACGUUGGUGCUGAAGGGAACUAUUGGAAUCGACAUGGCAGUGUUUCCCAAGGGCACCAGUGGCUUUGCAAUUGACGUGUUGGCGCGCCAGCACUUGUGGAAGGAAGGCUUGGACUACCUUCACGGAACAGGCCAUGGCGUUGGCUCCUAUCUGAAUGUCCACGAGGGUCCUAUUGGCAUCGGGACUCGGGUUCAGUAUACGGAGGUCCCCAUUGCAGCUGGAAACGUCAUUUCGGAUGAACCCGGAUACUACGAGGACGGCAAAUUCGGUAUUCGAAUUGAGAACAUCGUCAUGGCUCGCGAAGUUAAAACUGCCCACAACUUUGGUGACAAGCAGUGGCUAGGCUUUGAGCAUGUUACGAUGACUCCUAUUGGUCGCAACCUGAUUGAGCCGUCGCUUUUGAGCGAUGCCGAGCUUAAGUGGGUAAAUGACUACCACGCUGAAAUUUGGGCGAAGACAGAGCACUUCUUCCGGGCGGACAAUCUGACUCGCUUGUGGCUCAAGCGCGAGACCCAGCCUAUCUCGAAAUAA